AUGAAGACAAGAGAUUGGGCUUCGUUGCCAAAUGACCCAGCUGCCCAAAUCUUCGUUCUUGCUCUACUUCAUUGGUACACCCAACUACUAGCCGGAUCCAUCGACAGCUUUGCCACCUUGAUGCGGCGAUUCGUGGCACAAUACGGCACCAGCCGGCCUCACCACACAACCUCGGCCGCCUUGGCCAACCUCAGGCAGAACGAUGAUGAAUCUCUGCGAGCUUUCAUGGAGCGCUUCUCCAACAUCUCGGUUCGGAUCCGGAAUCUAAACCCGGAGGUCGCCCUGCACGCCAUGCUCAUGGCACUGAAACCCGGAUCGUUCGUCGACAGCCUAUGCCGCGACGCCCCCCGCGACAUGGAUGAGCUGCGUGCCCGGGCCGCCGGCUACAUUCAGAUGGAAGAGCACUCGGCCUUCCGCGACCAAGUUUGCGGGAAGGGCCCCGCAAAACCGGAAUAG